AGGUAAUGUUGUCAAUGUAGAAAGUUUCUUUCCGUCAUGUAGGAUUAAUACAGGGAGCAGUAUCUUCAUUUCUAGCUAGUCUAGACCAGUGACUUUAGAGAGCCUGACGGGUAUUGUCUGAAAGUGAAAUCUCAGGGUCAAAAUAUAGGGGCCCUGACAGUCAGUGAAAGGGUAGCUGCUGCAUGUGGGUGGCAGCUGGACAUAAGGACUGAACCUGUCUGCAUACCUGACUGUAAAUGGGACAGAUGAAGGAGGCAGGUAGUUUGAGAACGGCAUGGCACACACUACUGGACUAUACACCAGAGUGAAAGAUCGAAAGCAUCUUGUCCAACAUGGAGUUUCUCAAGAGCCUGGUUCCCACUGUCAUCUCAGGGGAGGCACCAGUCGAACAUGGGGGAGCCUUACCGAGGGAGACAGGUCCCCGGCUCCUUCGUAUGAAACGACUGGGCCUGCUAGCAAUGGGACAUACCAUUGAUGGGGAUCCAGUAGGCCCAGUGAUAGAGGCAGUCGGGUCCUCUGGGCCAACCCGCAGUCACCGAACUCGCUUUAAAGGAAAUAUCCGCCAUACUAAAAUGCUCUCCUUUUUACAUCCUGCUGGGGGUGGCAGGGGUCUCACUGCUUCUGCACCGGUCAGCAGCAGCGUGAGUAGACGCCGUGCUCCAUCCUCAGUCACUCCCCUCUCGUGGGAGAAACACAACAUUGCCGCCAUGUCGAGCAUCACCAUUGACCCCGAGCUCAAGCCCGAGUUUGUUAUCAAGAGUCUAUUUGCCGAGUUUGCUGUGCUGGCUGAGAAGAAGAUCGAGAUGGUGAUGGCUGAACCGCUGGAGAAACCCCUGUCCCGAUCCCUCCAGAGAGGGGAAGAUGCACAAUUUGACCAGUUAAUAAGCUCUAUGAGCUCAAUAGCAGAGCACUGUUUGCCCUCCCUACUGCGCACACUGUUCGACUGGUACCGGCGGCAGAGUGGCACUGAAGAUGAGUCCUACGAGUACAGGCCUCGUUCUAGUACUAAGUCCAAAGGAGAUGAACAGCACCGGGACAAAGAUUACCUGUUGGAGCGGCGGGACUUAGCCAUAGAUUUCAUUUUUUGUUUAGUUUCUGUGGAAGUUCUAAAACAGAUUCCUCUUCAUCCAGUGCCAGAUGUUUUAGUACACGAAGUUCUAAACCUGGCAUUCAAGCACUUUAAACACAAAGAGGGUUACUGUGGCCCCAACACUGGCAAUGUGCACAUUAUUGCAGACCUGUAUGCUGAGGUCAUCGGAGUCCUCACACAGUCAAAGUUUCAGGCAGUAAGGAAGAAGUUUAUCACAGAACUGAAGGAGCUGAGGCAAAAAGAACAGAGUCCCUAUAUUGUCCAGAGCAUCAUCAGCCUCAUCAUGGGCAUGAAGUUCUUCCGGGUUAAAAUGUAUCCUGUGGAAGAUUUUGAGGCUUCUUUUCAGUUCAUGCAGGAGUGUGCUCAGUAUUUCCUGGAAGUCAAGGAUAAGGACAUAAAACAUGCUUUGGCGGGCCUUUUUGUUGAGAUCCUCAUCCCUGUCGCUGCUGCGGUGAAAAAUGAAGUCAAUGUACCAUGCCUGAAGAACUUUGUGGAGAUGCUCUACCAGACAACAUUUGACCUUAGUUCGAGAAAGAAGCACUCUUUGGCUCUGUAUCCCCUGGUGACUUGCUUGCUAUGUGUUAGUCAGAAGCAGUUCUUCCUCAACAACUGGCACAUCUUCCUCCAGAACUGCCUCUCACACCUGAAGAUGCCGUCUAACAACAGCAUCCGAAAGCAGAUUGAGACACUGCAGAACAAAGACCCCAAAAUGUCCCGGGUAGCGCUGGAGUCACUCUACAGACUGCUGUGGGUCUACAUCAUCAGGAUCAAGUGUGAGAGUAAUACUGUCACACAGAGUCGACUCCUCAGCAUUGUUUCAGCACUUUUCCCCAAAGGCUCCCGGAGUGUGGUGCCCAGAGACACACCCCUCAACAUAUUUGUCAAGAUCAUCCAGUUUAUAGCUCAGGAAAGACUGGACUUUGCUAUGAAGGAGAUUAUCUAUGAUCUCCUGUGUGUGGGCAAAUCUCACAAAACCUUUACUAUCAAUCCAGAGAGGAUGAAUAUUGGUUUGCGAGCCUUCUUGGUGAUUGCAGACAGCCUACAGCAGAAGGAUGGUGAGCCACCUAUGCCCACCACAGGAAUCAUCAUGCCCUCAGGCAACACACUGCGUGUUAAAAAGAUCUUCCUCAACACCACCCUCACUGAUGAAGAAGCAAAGGUUAUAGGCAUGUCACUUUAUUAUCCCCAAGUUCGAAAGGCCUUAGACAACAUCCUCCGACACCUGGACAAGGAGGUGGGACGCUCCAUGAGCAUGACUAACGUACAGAUGUCCAACAAAGAACCUGAGGACAUGAUCACGGGAGAAAGGAAACCAAAGAUUGAUCUGUUCCGUACGUGUGUUGCCGCCAUCCCAAGACUGAUACCAGAUGGCAUGAGCAGACAAGACCUCAUAGAGCUUCUAGCCAAGCUGACUAUCCACAUGGAUGAGGAGCUGCGUGGCCUCGCCUUUACUACCCUUCAGGCCCUGAUGGUGGAUUUCCCAGAGUGGCGUGAGGAUGUUCUCUCAGGCUUUGUUUAUUUCAUUGUCCGAGAAGUGACUGAUGUCCAUCCUACUCUGCUGGACAACUCCGUCAAAAUGUUACUGCAGCUUAUCAGCCAAUGGAAACAGGCGGUGCAGAGCAGCAAUAAGAGCCAUGACGCACAGGUGAAAGGCUCAGGCAAUGGACAUUCUUUGUCCCUGGAGCGCACUCAUUCAUCGGGUGUGCUGCAUGUGGUGGAGGGGUUAGCACUAGUUGUGCUUUGUAGCUGCCGGCCCGCCACAAGAAGGCUGGCUGUGAAUGUUCUCAAAGAGGUCAGAGCACUGCACACUGCGCUUGGAAUUGGCAAGGGAGACGAGGAAUUAGCCAUCGAUGUAAUGGACAGAUUAAGUGCACCAGUGUUGGAGAGCUUCAUUCAUCUUACGGGAGCUGACCAGACCAACCUCCUGUACUGUCCCAGUGGGAUUGAUCUUCAGACACUAGCAGAGUGGAGCUCAUCUCCCAUCAGCCACCAGUUUGAUGUUGUGAGCCCCUCACACAUCUGGGUGUUUGCUCAUGUUACUCAGGGUCAGGACCCGUGGGUCAUCAGCUUCUCUAGCUACCUGCGGCAGGAGCACCUGCCCAAACACUGUCCGACUGCCCUUAACUAUGCCUGGAUGUUUGCCUACACCCGCCUGCAGCUACUGUCUCCACAAGUGGACAUCAAUAGCCCCAUUAAUGCCAAGAAAGUGAACAGCCUGAACAGCAGUGACUCCUACAUUGGCCUUUGGAGGAACUAUCUGAUUCUGUGCUGCAGCUCCGCCUCCUCCUCUUCCAUGUGCUCCUCAUCCUCCACCUCUGGCUCCGUCCGCUGCUCCCCGCCUGAGACGCUGGCGUCCACGCCGGACAGCGGCUUCAGUUAUGAUUCAAAGAUUGUUGGCACUCCGUCCCCCUCCUCCCUAUUUAAACACAUUGUUCCAAUGAUGCGCUCUGAGAGCAUGGACAUCACAGAGUCUCUUGUGCUGGGGCUUGGCAGGACCAACCCCGUGGCCUUCAGAGAGUUAAUAGAGGAGUUAAAUCCCAUCAUAAAAGAAGCUUUGGAAAGAAGACCUGAAAACAUGAAGCGACGCAGGCGUCGUGACAUCCUCAGGGUCCAGCUGGUCCGGAUAUUUGAGCUGUUGGCUGAUGCUGGUGUCAUCAGUCAGAUAGCCAGCGGAGGGUUAGAUGGAGAGAGCCACUCUCUGAACAGUACACUGCUUGAGUAUGUUGAUCUGACGAGGCAGCUGCUUGAGGCAGAAAAUGACAAGGACUCAGACACACUGAAGGACAUUCGUUGUCACUUCAGUGCACUUGUGGCAAAUAUCAUUCAGAAUGUUCCAGUACACCAAAGGAGGACCAUUUUCCCCCAGCAGUCACUGAGACACAGUUUGUUCAUGCUGUUCAGUCACUGGGCUGGUCCCUUCAGCAUCAUGUUCACCCCACUGGACCGCUACAGUGACAGAAAUAUGCAGAUCAACCGCCAUCAGUACUGUGCAUUAAAGGCCAUGUCUGCAGUGUUGUGUUGUGGACCUGUAGCUGACAAUGUUGGGCUGUCCUCUGAUGGUUACCUCUACAAGUGGCUUGACAACAUCCUGGAUUCUCAGGACAAAAAGGUUCACCAGUUGGGUUGUGAGGCCGUCAUGUUACUGCUGGAGCUGAAUCCAGAUCAGAGUAACCUCAUGUUUUGGGCUGUGGAUCGCUGUUACACCGGUUCUCGACGUGUGGCUGCUGGCUGCUUCAGGGCUAUUGCCAACGUCUUUCACAACAGGGAUUACCAAUUUGAUACUGUGGUGCUCCUGAACCUGAUUCUGUUCAAGGCAGCAGAUUCUUCCAGGGAUAUAUAUGAGGUGGCCAUGCAGCUGCUACAGAUCCUGGAACCCAAGCUCUUCCGUUAUGCUCACAAAUUGGAGAUCCAGCGAACAGAUGGUAUUCUGACCCCUCCAUCACCGCUGCCACACCUCUACUCUGUGUCUUACUACCAGCUGUCUGAAGAGCUUGCAAGGACAUACCCUGAGCUCACUCUGCCCAUCUUCUCAGAGGUGAGCCAGCGCAUCCAGACAGCGCAUCCUGGUGGUCGUCAAGUAAUGCUGCACUACCUCCUGCCCUGGAUGAACAAUGUGGAGCUGGUCGACUUUAAACCCGUUGCACGACGGCCAGAAGAUUGUGGGAGUGGCGAGGAAGAUGAGGACCUACAUGACCGGGAGAUAAUGAUGGUCAAUAGCCGUCGCUGGCUUCGUGGAGAAGGCUGGGGCUCCCCUCGUGCCACAACCAUGGUGCUCAACAACCUCAUGUUUAUGACAGCAAAGUAUGGGGAUGAGUUUGCUUGGUCAGAGAUAGAGAAUGUUUGGACCACAUUAGCAGACAGCUGGCCAAAGAACCUCAAAAUCAUUCUACACUUCCUCAUCAGCAUGUCAGGAGUUAGCAGUGACCCCAGCCUCUUGCCCUACGUGAAACGAGUGGUGGUUUACUUGGGCAGAGAUAAGACUAUGCAGCUGCUGGAAGAGUUGAUGUGUGAGCUUGAGUUGACUGAUCCAGUCAGCUCAGCUGUCACUCACAUGGACAACCCUCCCUAUUACCGCAUCACCUCCAGUUACAAGAUUCCCUCAGUCACCUCAGGAACAACAUCCAGCAGCAAUACCAUGGUGCCAGGAAAUGACAGUCAUCAUGACAGCAAGAUGAAAGACUCCAACAUGGAGGACAGCUAUGCCCACUUGGACAUCUACAGUGGUCUGAACAGUAAUCUGAACCGCCAGCACCACCGUCUGGAAUCCCGCUACAGCAGCAGCUCAGGAGGCUCCUAUGAAGAAGAGAAGAGUGACUCCAUGCCACUUUAUGCUAACUGGCGUUUAAAAGUGAUGGAUCACAACCGGCCAGAACCCCUACCCUUCCCCCCAACAGGAGGGUGUUGGUCUCCGUUAGUAGACUACCUUCCAGAGACCAACACUCCUGCUGUACCACUCCACAGAUGUAACAUUGCAGUCAUCCUCCUGACAGACCUCAUUGUUGACCAUGGGGUCAAAGUGGAAUGGAGUGCCUACCUGCACCUUUUGCUACAUGCAAUUUUUAUAGGCUUUGAUCAUCAGCACCCAGAAGUCUACGAGCACUGCAAACGUCUACUACUUCACCUGCUUGUUGUCCAAGGCGCAAACAGCAGCGUCCAGUCUGUGGCAAUGGUACUUUUACGCAACAGGGAGUACAACGACCCCAGGGUCCUGACUGUGAAACCAGUAGCUCCAGAGUUCAACCUCACAGGAGUGCAGGACUUUUUGCCCGACUGUCAGCCAUCACCGAUGACAGACUCUGGCCUCAGCUCAAGCUCCACAUCUUCAAGUAUAAGCCUGGGAGCAGGCGGAAGUGCUCUGUCCCACCUGUCCCCAUCACUCCUCAGUGAAGUAGACGUCACUGCUGAACAGGACGAGAAGGUCAAAGCUCUAAUAGAGUUCAUUACCUCAAGAAAGCGGGGUCCACUGUGGAACCAUGAGGAUGUGUCACCUAAGAACCCCAACAUUAAGAGUGCCGACCAACUGAGUGUUUUUGUGAGACAUGUAGUGACUGUCUUCAAAUAUUCCCAGUCAGGUUUCCAGCUGGAGUCAUUGCUGAGUGACGUAGCCCUGCAAACAGCUUUGUCCUGUUCAUCUCGCCACUAUGCUGGUCGCUCAUUCCAGAUUUUCAGGGCACUCAAACAACCUCUGACUCCAGAAACUCUAUCUGAUAUUCUCUCUCGACUUGUUGAGACAGUGGGGGAUCCAGGAGAGGAAGCUCAGGGCUUUGUCAUUGAACUGCUUCUGACACUGGAAUCAGGCAUUGACACGCUAGCAGACACAGUAAAAAAUUAUGAUCUCCUCACUGCCUUAGCACAAACCCCCACCCGUGAUCACUUGUUGGGGCCCAAGUUUGCUACAAACAGGAAAAGCACAGGCCAGCUGAACCUAAACAGCGGUGGUCUGUACCAUUAUGUCCAUGCUCGCAGCAACUCACUGCGUGCCAGCUUGAUGGGUGAAAGAAAACUUGACAAGCGUAGGAGUAACACUCUAGACAUAGCUGACCGACUUGGAGGCAGCCAUGGAAACCUGGCCCGCACUCGGAGCUUAUCAUCGCUACGGGAGAGUGGAGGAGGGGGUCCAGGAGGGGAAGCCAUCCCCCCCGUGGACCCUUCAAAUCUGAUGGCAACCGUGUUCUGGAUCGCUGCCUCGUUGCUUGAGUCGGACUAUGAGUUUGAGUAUCUGCUGGCCCUGCGGUUACUCAACAAGCUGCUCGGACAGCUGCCUUUGGAUCGGGCAGACAGCCGAGAACGUCUGGAGAGGGUCCAGGCCAAGCUGAAAUGGUACAGCUUCCCUGGCCUCCUGCAGCUGUUCCUGAAGGGCUUCACCUCUGCUUCUACUCAGGAGUUGACCAUCCAUCUACUCAGCAAGCUCAUCAGUGUCUCCAGACAUACACUGGUCGACCCAUCCCAAGGGGCAGGUUUUCCUUUGAAUAUUUUGUGCCUCCUGCCACAUCUCAUUCAGCACUUUGACAGCCCCACGCCUUUCUGUAAGGAGACGGCUGAUAAAAUAGCCAAGGUGUGCACCGACGAGAAGUCGGAUGCACUCGCCAACCUGGCUCACAUGAUGACCCUGUACAGGAAACAAAACUAUUCUCGCGACUGCACCAACUGGAUCAAUGUUGUCUGUCGCUACCUCCACAUGGCCUUUGCUGAAAUAACCUUGAAUUUGGUUACUUAUUUGGCUGAGCUGCUAGAGAAGGGCCUUCCCAGCAUGCAGCAGUCCUUAUUACAGAUCAUCUACAGUCUGCUGAGUUACAUCGAGCUGUCAGCUGCUCCUGUCAAACAGUUUAACUUGGAGAUCAUGAAGAUCAUUGGCAAAUAUGUUCAGAGCCCACAUUGGAAGGAGGCCCAAAACAUUCUGAAGUUGGUUGUGUCGCGUUCAGCCAGCCUUGUUGUUCCAGAUGAUGUGCAGCGCUCGUAUAGUGCAGAAUCAUGUGGUUCCCCAGAAAUUGCAUUUACACGCAUAUUCAAUAAUUCUUCAAAAGAACUACCUGGCAAAACUUUGGAUUUCCACUUUGACAUCUCAGAGACUCCAAUAAUAGGGCAUAAAUACGGUGACCAGCGUACUGCAACAGGACGCAAUGGAAAGCCUCAAGUGAUUGCAGUAACCAGGAGUACCUCGUCAACGUCAUCUGGCUCCAACUCCAACGGACUGGUGCCAGUGAGCUGGAAGAGACCCCAACUCUCUCAGAGAAGAACCAGAGAGAAGCUGAUGAAUGUCCUGUCUUUAUGUGGGCCAGAGUCUGGUGUUCCCAAAAAUCCAUCUGUAAGACUCCUCUCCUACUCUAAAGCAUCAGACAAGGUGGUCUUCUCCUCCAAUGAAGAUCUAGAUUCUGCUGACCAGCAAACCAGUCUGAUUCCCACAGUGGAGGAGGUGGUCAGAGAGGAGGAAGUGCAGGGAGAAGAUACGGGCAGUGAACAGCAGUUUGGUGUCUUUAAAGACUUUGAUUUCUUGGAUGUGGAAUUGGAAGAUGCUGAGGAGUUGCAGGGGGAGAGCAUGGACAACUUCAACUGGGGUGUUCGACGUCGUUCCCUGGAGAGCAUGGACAAAGGGGACACACCGUCUUUGCAGGAGUGCCAGUACACGGGCAGCACGCCAAGCCUCAACCUCACCAACCACGAGGACACGGAUGAAUCGUCUGAGGAGGAGUGCACGCUAAACAGUGACUCUGCUACAGAUGACACGGCAUCCAACCACGUGGACUCUCUGCAGCAGUCUCAAGAAUCCUCCAGCAGCGUGCUGACUGAGGAGGCCACUGUCCUGCCUUCUCUACCUUCCCUCCCUCGAAUGGAUAGCCCCGUUUUGGAGAUGGCCCACUCAGACAGCACCAGCAGCCAGCUGCCUGAGGAUGCUGUAAGUAUGACAGCAGCAGAUGAGCUGAGCAGCAGUGUGAGUGAGGACACGGGGUUUUGCAGUGCCCCCCCUCUGCCCUCUGACCCCCCAGAGCUCUGUGACCUCCCAGACUCACAGGAUCCUCAAGAGCCUCAGGAUAUUCAGGAUGCUCAGGACAUCCCGGACCCUCAGGACACCCAGGACCCUCAGGAUGACCUAGAUCCUGCCCCCCCUCCCCCUCCAGCCAUAGACACCCCGCCGGGGUCCGUCUGUGAAGAGGAACCCCAAACGGUUUUGCCACUAUCGCUGCCCUUACCCCUUGCACCAGAAGAAACGAAACCAGAUCCAGAUCCAGACCCAGACAGCACCUGUGGGUCUAUGUGGGAGGAGGAUGUGACGCAGGCCCUGAAGGAGCUAGAUGAGCGCUGUGAGGAAGAGGAGGCAGACUUCUCUGGCAUGUCCAGUCAAGAUGAAGGUGACGCAGACUGCUUCCCAGAGAUUCAGGCCUCUCCGCCCCCUUCGCCCUUCCUCUCUGCCAUCCUGGCCGCAUUCCAGCCUGUUGCCUAUGACAAUGAGGAAGAUGCCUGGCGUUGCCAUGUCAACCAAAUGUUGUCAGAUACAGAUGGCUCCUCAGCUGUUUACACGUUCCACGUGUUCUCCAGACUCUUCCAGAGCAUUCAGAGGAAAUUUGGCUCCAUCACACAUGCAUCUGUGCGCUUUCUUGGUGAAAGACUCCAGCGAAUGGGCAAUCAGUUCCUCAGCUCCCUGGAAGUGAUGACUUCUCGCUCUCAGUGCCCCACUGUGCUGCUGGAUGCAGAGACGCUGGUCUCUUGUGGACUGCUGGAGACUCUGAAGUUUAGUGUGCUGGAGUUGCAGGAACACCUGGACACCUACAAUGCCAAGAGAGAAGCAGCAGAGCUUUGGCUGGAGAACUGCAGGAAAACAUUUGGUGACAAAGACAGCAGCCAGCGACCUAACACUCACGCACAGCAAAUGGAAAAUCUAGCAGAGCUGGAGUUAUGUCGCAGGCUCUAUAAGUUGCACUUUCAGCUGCUGCUGCUCUUCCAGGCCUACUGUAAACUCAUCAGCAGAGUGGACACCAUCAAGAGAGAGGCAGAGGUGACCAACAUGUCUGAGGAGCUGACUAUCUUGGAGAGCUGUCUGAAGGAGGCAGAAACAGGAAAUGAUGGUCAGGAGGAUGUGUGUAUGUCAGACACUGCCCAGACCAACACAGAGGCAGCGAUCCAGUCGCUGAUUGAGACUCUGAGAGCCAGAGAUUUCAGCUCUGCUCUCAUACAGGUCAAAAUCUUUAGGUCUUUGUGGCCAAAUGACAUCUUUGGCAAUGAGACAGACAACGCAGUCCAAACCCUUCUGCACAUUUACUUCCGUCACCAGACGCUGGGUCAGACGGGCUGCCUGGCCGUGGUGGGCCCCAGCAGGGACCUGUCCCAAGCCAGCACCCGCCUCAUGGAGCUCAACCUGCAGAUUCGGGAGGCUCUGAGUCAGGCACAGACCUGCCAGUCCCACACCACCAUGGUCAGCACUGGGCUGUGAGCCUGUAGGCCGCCAGCCUGGACUAGACUGGACUAAAAGGCUCCCCCUAGUCUACACCAACCUCACUCAGCUGGAGAGGGAGGGGUCGACGGGGAGGGGCUUCAGAGGAGGACACGAGAGACUCCACAUAUAAAGGGCUAAAGGAUGUGUGGGAAUAACUGUGACUCUUCAUAUGUAUUAUGACAUGUAUGAACGCGUAAAGCUAAUAUCUUUUCCCAGACUAAGCCAACUUGCAAAAUUCCGUUGCAAUAAGUCACGUGGUAGAGUGCCUGGAAAAGAAUGAGAGGAAGCAGUGGGCUGAAAACUUUUCUCUUUUCUUUGAUUUGAUCUUUUUGUUUCCUCUCUGUUUUUUUCUUCUUUUUUUCUGUUUUUGUUGGAUCUGACCUGAUGUACCAACCGAUGGCCUCCUCAGGGCCUGGUGUGGGAGCUGGUUUGUUGAAGCGUUUAAGACAGACCGCCCAGAGGAGGUGUGUGAGGAGGGGACACACCGUCAAGAUUCCAAACAGAAAAAUCUUGUUUAAAAAAGUUUUCAAAAGCAUGCCUGAAAGAGAAGAGCGCUGCAAGAAUAUUUUUUUGAGAAAUGUAUUUUUAUUAGAGCUAACAUCCUAGGUUGUAAAUGUUAGGAUAUUUAACAUGUAAUUGUAACCCUGUGGGGAACGUUUGCCCUCAGGGAGUGUAAAAAGAGAUAUAUAUCUGUUUAUUGAUCUGCUUUGAGAGGAAAAUCCCCUUCAACAGGUCUUGACGCAAAACUCACUCUUUAACCAAAUAAGUAGCUGCCUUUAGAGACUCUCGACUGUGUGAUAUAUAUUGGAUAUUCUGGUAUAUGCUCACACACAGAUGCAUAUAAUUGCACACAAGUGCAGACUGGCUACAACUCAUUAUGGAAACAUAACUUAUUUUACUCUGUAUAUAUUUUAGAAAAUGUAUAGUGUAAAACCAGUAUUUUUCCCUUGUACUUUUGUGUAAUGCACUGUUCAUCCAUACAGGAUGUAUGUAUAAAGCUAAUGUGAUAAGAGAAAGCCAAGACCAGAUUUGAGUCUUUAAUGAUCCGCUCUACCUUUUUCAUCCAGUCACACAAACUUCUAAAUUUCCCAGAAGCUGCCUUGGUUGGUGGUUGUGGUCUUGCAAAAGGUGUCGGGGCUCAUUUGGGACUAGCCACCCAUCGACCUUGAUGAUGGUGAUGGCAUGAGGGAUCUUAUGUAGCCUCUGUCGCCAACCCAGCCAAGUCAUAUGCAUUCCUUCUUUCCACUGUGAUUAUUUUUUUUAUUAUCCCCAGCGUAGGCUCUGCUUAAAGCUUUGAGGGGGAGGAAAACACUUUUCUGUCCAUCGUAAAGCAGCGCUUGUCCUUCACCGCGUUUUGAAAUGGCUGUUGCUGAAGCUGCACUCUGCUUUCAGAAUGACCCUGCAGGACAUGAACCGUUACCUGAAUGCUUUCUGGAAACCUUGUCAUGGCACAUUAACAGUCACUGUACUCAUUCCUCAGAGAGCUUUUUUUUCCCUGCUUGUCUGGUACAUUUGAAUGCUGUUCUUAAUUAUUUAAUGAAAAUAUUAUUUACCUGGAAGAUGUUUUAAUGUAGAGGUGCAUUAUACAUUUUUUUCUUGUUCACUCACAUACCAGCCUUCUCUCUGGAUAAAUAAAAACCUAAUCAAUA